AUGACAUCGACCGAGUUGACAUUUGCGGUUGCAUUUGCUUAUAUGGAGUGUGAGCAGACAGAGAGUUAUAUUUGGGUCUUGGAUAAGCUGAAGCAAUUGUUUGUGAAGAAAUAUGUGGUUCCACAAGUGAUUUUGACGGAUAGAGAUCUUGCUUUAAUGAAAGCAGUUGAAGUUGUUUUUCCUACGACGUAUAACUUGCUAUGUCGUUUUCAUAUUAACAAAAAUGUUGGGAUGAAAUGCAAGGAAUAUGUGAUGAAAGACAUGCAAGAGACGAUAGGCACAUUGUGGAAAGAUGUUGUAUGGGCUAGUAAUGAGGUUGAGUAUGGUGUACGGUUGCAGUAUCUUGAACAAGCAUGCUUUGCUUGUACUGACUUCCUCGAUUACGUGAAGAACACUUGGUUGAUCCCACAUAGGCAAAGAUUUGUAGGCGCAUGGAUUAAUCUAGUGCUUCAUUUUGGUAACACCACGACAAAUCGGGUUGAAUCUGCACAUUGGAAGCUAAAGCAGAUGAUAGGAAACAGCCUUGGUGACAUGGUCAAAGUUUGGGAAGCUAUGAAUUCUAACCUAAAAAUCCAAAUAGGUAACAUUCGAGCUUCGUUUCAAAAAAGUUUUUAUGAGGUUGAGCACGCACACAUUAGUCCAUUUUAUGAUAAUUUGCGUGGUUCAGUAUCGAGAGCUGCUUUAAGACGCAUUGCAGAAGAGUUAUCGAGGCUUGAUUAUGUGUUAAAUAGUAGGGAAAAAUGUGGUUGUACUAUGAGAACAAGUUAUGGGCUACCUUGUGCUUGUGAGAUGGGAAGAUCGAUUGUUGUUGGAAUCCCAUUACAAAUAGAAAAUGUUCAUCUUCAAUGGAGGAUACUAUCUAUGGAAGGUGACUUGCCUUUAGAUGAGGAAGCUGGUUCGGAGGUGGAUAUGAGUAAUGCAAUUGAUGAAUUGUGGAGAAGGUUUAAAUCACUAGAUGUUGUUGGAAAAAGAGCAUUGAAAAGUAGGGUUUGUGAAAUUGCAUAUCCCACAACAACUUCAUUGUGUCCACCACCUGAGAAAAUAAAAACUAAAGGCGGAGUGAAGAGGAAAGGGAAGAAACCAGUUGGGUAUGAUGUUUAUAGGGAUCCUUCAGGUUUUGAGUAUGCUGAUCAGGCGUCUCAAUCUUCACAAAAACAAUCGCAAGCAUCACAAACUUCCAGGAAGCAAUCACAAUCAAAGAAGCAAUCACAAGCAAAGGAUGAGGAUUUCACUCUUCAGUUUCCUUGUCAUAUUAGGCCAUAUAUUACCGAGAUUGUUAAUGUUGUAGCAGAUGGUAAUUGUGGAUUUAGAGCCAUUGCGUCGUGGCAUGGGUAUAGUGAGGAUGGUUGGGCAAUGGUUCGUCGUGACUUGGACAUGGAAUUAAGAGAAAAGAAGGACUUAUAUGAGAGAUUGUUCGGUCUAAGUUUAUCCGAAGUGAGAAAUGGAUUGUUGAUAGAUCAUGUUGGUUUUCAACCACCGGAGAAAUGGUUGACACUACCAGAGAUGGGUUAUUUGAUAGCGAAUCGGUAUAACAUUAUUCUUGUGCUGCUUGGUAACCCUUGCUUGACCUUUUUUCCUAUGACAACAACAUUUUCUCCAAGUGCUCCUACAUAUUGCAUUGGCCUUGUCAACAGGAAUCAUUAUCUUCGGGUUAAUAUGAAAGAAGGCUUCCCGCUGCCACCCGUCACGCUAGAUUGGAUGAAGUUUCGUCAUCAAGUGGCGACAUCUUGGAUGUUAGGAUUUGCUGGACGUCUUCAACAUUGGCACCAUCUUACGCCUAUGUUACCAUCACGUGUUAAUAUAGAUUAA